AGAGUUCUUGUCGAUAUUCUGAGACGUCUCUUCUCAGGGCAGUUCUCGCAGUUGCACAUGUUGGGUCCUUCAUCGAAACAGUAGAUUCGUCGCGGAUUGAUGACGCCAUCGCCAGCCUAUCUAGCAGGAUGACGGAGAACGACGUUGAGAACGAGCUGUUGGACUAUGAGGAGGAUGAGGUUGAUGCGGGUGGUGUCGGGGACACAGCCCUUGGACACAACGAUGGCGGGAUAUCCAUCAGAAAAGAAGGGGUCAAAGGGUCGUACGUGUCCAUCCACUCCUCGGGAUUCAGGGAUUUCCUCCUCAAACCAGAACUGCUGAGAGCUAUAGUGGACUGCGGCUUUGAACAUCCAUCUGAAGUUCAGCAUGAAUGCAUUCCUCAGGCGAUCCUGGGGAUGGAUGUAUUAUGUCAGGCCAAAUCUGGAAUGGGGAAGACCGCCGUCUUUGUGCUGGCCACCCUUCAGCAGCUGGAGCCAGUGACCGGGCAGGUUUCAGUGUUGGUGAUGUGUCACACCCGAGAGCUGGCCUUCCAGAUCAGCAAAGAGUACGAGCGCUUCUCCAAAUACAUGCCCAGCGUCAAGGUGGCAGUGUUCUUUGGUGGUUUAUCUAUAAAGAAGGAUGAGGAGGUUCUGAAGAGAGAGAGCCCUCACGUGGUGGUGGGGACUCCUGGACGUAUUCUAGCUCUGUCUCGCAACAAGAGUCUUAACCUACGCCACAUCAAGCACUUCAUCCUGGACGAAUGCGACAAGAUGCUGGAGCAGCUUGACAUGCGGCGUGAUGUCCAGGAGAUCUUUCGCAUGACCCCUCACGAGAAGCAGGUCAUGAUGUUCAGUGCCACCCUGAGCAAAGAGAUUCGUCCCGUCUGCAGAAAGUUCAUGCAAGAUCCGAUGGAAAUUUUUGUGGACGACGAGACCAAGCUGACGCUUCACGGCCUCCAGCAGUACUACGUCAAGCUGAAGGACAACGAGAAGAACAGGAAGCUCUUUGACCUCCUGGAUGUGUUGGAGUUCAAUCAGGUGGUGAUCUUCGUCAAGUCCGUGCAGCGUUGUAUUGCUCUGGCUCAGUUGCUGGUGGAGCAAAAUUUCCCUGCCAUCGCCAUUCAUAGAGCAAUGCCUCAAGACGAAAGAUUAGCUCGAUAUCAGCAGUUCAAGGAUUUCCAGAGACGGAUCCUGGUGGCCACAAACCUGUUCGGCCGAGGUAUGGACAUCGAAAGAGUCAACAUCGCCUUCAACUACGACAUGCCUGAAGAUUCAGACACGUACCUGCACAGGGUUGCUAGAGCCGGCAGGUUUGGAACGAAAGGUCUGGCCAUCACUUUUGUGUCAGAUGAGACUGACGCCCGCACGUUGAACGAUGUUCAGGACAGGUUUGAGGUGAACAUCAGCGAACUUCCAGAGGAGAUUGACAUCUCUUCAUAUAUUGAACAAACGCGAUAAAGACGACAGAACGCAAAAGGCAGCAGUUUCUUCGGAGGAUGCAUGGCAUUGUAGCAACUGGUAGCAACAGAGAGUUUGUCACAUAGACUGUUAAUGGUGUUAGUGAACAGCUCAUAUCGCAGUGUUAUCCUAUAAUGUAGUGGAUUUCCUAAUACCUCCUCAGUGGUUCAGUUUGACUUUGCUUGUUGAAAGUAAAAAAACAACAUUAUUUUCAAUGUUAACAUUUUUCCUCCCAAUAUGAAUAAUUUGCUUGUGUUUUGAAUUUUGGUUAUUUACAAACGGAGAGGCAUAAUUUUGGUUUUCUGUUGUGAGAGGAGGCGUUUUCAUCACUCUAUUGUAACGGACCAUACAUUUGAUUUGCAUUGAUGUUAUAUUGUUUGAAAGUUAUUCAAUAUAUUAGCAGUAUAUGCUGAAUGCUUGUUACCAGUGAAGUAGGCAUCAACGAAAUGUGUUCAGUGUACGUUCAGACAAAUGGUCACUUUGUUUAAACUAAUUAAUGCUUGUUAAACCAAAUAAAGUACGUUUGUUUGAUUUACAAAAACACUUGAGCAUUUUCACACGUUUGUAAGACUUUUAAAUGCUACCUAAACGGUUCAAAUUCAAAAUGUAACAUCCCCUGUCCCCAGUUUCGCAGACUGUACUGAUGACAAACAUUACGCUGAAAAGAACAGCUCACUAGAUCUCACCAACUGUGCACAUGACGGAUUGGAACAAAGAAAAUAAAGGACGUCUAUGACCUUCAGAAUUCAUUUACACUCCAAAGGUGUCACAGAAGUGCUUCUGAAGUGGCAUUUAUAUUAAUGCUGCUUUGAGAUGGCAUGAAUGCAUUUACGCCACUAUUUCGAUUGUAUAUUGAUAUUAGGAAGUGAUGUGCGUCAGAGCAGAAAUAAUUUAGUCUGGCUUUUAUGCAUUUCUACAGUACACUGAAUUUUGGCCUAUUCAAGGCCUGUUUGCGCCAAGAACGAUAACUAGCAUCCAGUAACUAUAUUAGCAUCCAAAUCAGCAGACAAUAUAUAUAUCCGUUUAUUCGAUGCACUGCACACUCAUCUGCUUCUUUAAAUUCUCGAGCUCAUUAGCCUAUAGCAAGGUUGAUUCCGAUUGGUCGUCAAUGUUUUUAUUCAUCAUCUAGAAUAAAAAGUCUGUGCCUUUAUCGUUAUAGCUGCGCUAUUCUUUAAUACUGAGAACAAUUUUUAUCUUAUAGUUAUCGUCCUUGGUGGGAACAGGCUUUCACAACUACCUUUCAGAUCCGAAAGAUUUCUUGUACAUGUUCUUAAAGUUAAUAGCAAUCAAUUUGCUAACGUGAUACAUCUUAGUUUUUGUGCAAUUUAACAGACAUUGGAGUUGGGCAUCCAUUAAAUGAACUCAUUGCUGCAUCGGGAGAUUCUAGUAUAGACAGCUUUGUUUCCCUAUAAGACAACUUGCCAGACUGAGCUUUUGUUGUUUGGAAAGCGAUAGAGACCAGCUGCUUAUUCGGACUGGUUUUCUGUAAAAGUGCAAAAAAAAAAAAAAAAAAAAAAUGCUAAAGGGAGCUCUUCAAGUCACAAAAAGCAUGCUGGAUACAUUCUGAACCACUUAAUUUCAGCUUUUAGUCUUUUCCCUGAUCUGAUGUGGCAAUGUGAUCAACCAAUUAAUCAAUCUUGCUGGAAUGAGAUGUUCUUGCGUGAUUCACCGCUGCCCUAUUCCCAGAAAAACUGCCUAAAAGAAACACAAAAUGAACGCGCAAUUAAUCUAAUCAGUGACACGCAUCCUUUGGGCUUUUUGAAAAGUUGCUGUUGGUUGUACAAGAACAGGAAAGAACGUAGUAAAGUCAACCGCAGAGAGCCAUGAGACAGGAAGUCAACAGGACACGAGAGGAGUGAGAAAGGAAAUCUGGAGAGACAGAGAUGUCAAAGGUGUCACAUUGGCGCCUGGAUCAGUGCUGAUGUUGGGGGUUUGGACAAAUGAUCCCUGGAAGGAAGUCACCAGAUAGGAUUUCAGCUUCAACAACCAACAUGACACAGAAAGAACAUGUUUACAAACCUCAAAACGAGUGACUUUAAAAGAGAAAAUUGAACAUUUAGGACUUAAAAAGCUUAAUGCCAACUGGAUAUUUAAAUGAACAAAAAAAGAGAGCAAAAAAACAGCAUAUAUAUUGCCAAAUAUCAAAAUAGUCUGUUUUAUUCUCAAUGUAUUAAAGUUAUAAACAUGUCA